CAUAAUCGCUGUGUAUUAUUUUUCCACACAUAGAUAAACAAAUCACGAACUAACUGCCUCUAAGUGCGAAUAUCCUUAAUGCCAAUGUAAAUAGUUCGUAGCGGGUUGAAAGGUGCAUCAAUAUUUUCCCGCGACGUGCAUUGCAUUACGCUAAACGGGGAUAGCGACGAAGACCGCUCGUUGAGGAGCCUUGUGGGACUUCAGUAGACCCAUUUCGGGUUUUGGAAGCAGUUUGGUUUCUUCAAAAGGAAGUGGGUUUAAAGGGUGACCGGUUUGGCUCGGAGCAAUACACACACUCAGAGCGGCGAGAGUUGGGUCUGCCUCAGUCUCAUAUGAUUGGACACUGGAUGGAAUCAAGGUGAAUGGAACACAAAGAGCAGGACCUUAACCUGCCAGAGGGAGAUGAUACACGGUGGCCAAAUGGAGUGAAGAGGAAAAGAAAGAACAGUCAAUGCUCUAUGAGCAUGUCUGUGAAGAGCAUCUCUGUUCCAGGGUAUGUUCCCAGCUACCUGGAUAAAGAUGAGCCAUGUGUGGUGUGCGGGGACAAAGCUACAGGCUACCAUUACCGCUGCAUCACAUGUGAGGGCUGCAAGGGUUUCUUCAGGAGAACUAUACAGAAGAAUCUUCACCCAUCCUAUUCCUGCAAGUAUGACGGCUGCUGCAUCAUUGACAAAAUCACCCGCAAUCAGUGCCAGCUGUGCCGCUUCAAGAAGUGCACCUCGGUGGGCAUGGCCAUGGACUUGGUGCUUGAUGAUUCAAAACGGGUGGCCAAGAGGCGUUUGAUUGAGGAAAACAGGGAGAAAAGGAAGAAAGGGGAGAUAGUGAAGACGCUGCACAAUCGACCCGAGCCUACCCUCUCAGAGUGGGAGCUGAUUCGAAUGGUGACUGAGGCUCACCGCCACACCAAUGCACAGGGCCCUCACUGGAAACAGAAACGCAAGUUCCUACCAGAAGACAUUGGACAGUCUCCAGCCCCCACAUCAGACAAUGACAAAGUGGACCUGGAGGCCUUUAGUGAGUUCACCAAGAUUAUCACCCCUGCCAUCACAAGAGUUGUGGACUUUGCCAAAAAACUGCCCAUGUUCUCUGAGCUGCCUUGUGAAGACCAGAUUAUCCUGCUGAAAGGCUGCUGUAUGGAGAUUAUGUCCUUGCGUGCAGCAGUGCGGUACGAUCCGGAGAGUGAGACUCUUACCCUAAGCGGAGAGAUGGCUGUCAGUCGAGAGCAGCUGAAGAACGGAGGUUUGGGGGUGGUGUCUGAUGCUAUUUUUGACUUGGGCAAGAGCCUGUCACAGUUCAAUCUGGAUGACUCAGAGGUGGCACUGCUGCAGGCUGUACUGCUCAUGAGUUCAGAUCGUUCAGGACUGACGUGUGUAGAAAAGAUCGAUAAGUGUCAGGAGAUGUACCUGUUAGCCUUUGAGCACUACAUCAACCACCGCAAGCACAACAUCUCACACUUCUGGCCCAAGCUGCUGAUGAAGGUGACAAACUUACGCAUGAUUGGAGCCUGUCACGCCAGCCGCUUCCUGCACAUGAAAGUGGAGUGUCCCACAGAACUCUUCCCCCCACUCUUCCUGGAGGUCUUCGAAGAUCAGGAGGUGUGAGCCACAGGGGAACUUGACCAAGAAUUUGAUCAUGAAUUUAUUUUUGCAAAGCAUACCAGAAUCAUAGUUUUUUUUUUUACCUCAUGCAAAGUCGAACUGGGACAUGUAUUUUUUUCCCCCACCAUUGGUACCUUGUCAGUUGUGUUUGGGAUUAGUUUUUGGAGUGUCAGUCUACUCACAUUUUCGACCCCACUGUCUCCUGUCAUUCAGAUUCCUCCAACAGACAGUAAAAAGCUAGCAUGCAUCAACCUACCUCUCAUGCCAACAUACCUCCCAAGUUCAAAAGGAGCUUAUUUUAAUAGCGUGACAAGUAGACCUGGACAGUGAAUGUUCCUCUCUGAGGAGUCAAUGAAUCUCAGAGUGCUUUAGAGCCAGCUCAGACAUUUUCAACCAUCUUUGUUACGGAAAUAUUUUUCCCAUUCAUUUUUUCCAGAGGAAUUUUAUUUCAAAACUUUUCACAUAAGAGUUCUAAACAUGAACCAAACCAACCAGCUCUGAGGUGAAUCACAACUUUACAAACUUUCAUGUGAAGUAAAAACAGUAUUUGAAAACAGGACAAAAAGAUAACUGUGUACUUAAUGUCUUUAAUGAGGGAAUGAACUACAAUCCCAUGAAGCAUUGCAGAUGACAUAAUCUAACUAAAAACUAUGGAAUAAUAUAAAAAUAUAUAAAAGUGUUGAUUUGAAGUUGUUGAUUAUAAGUACAGAAAAUAUAUACUUAAAGUUAUUGUAAAAUAUUCAGAUAUGUACCAACAUAUAAGUCGUUUGAGAGUGUAGGGCGACUCGAUUAUGUCAUCCACAAUACUUGAUGCAGUGGGAGAUCCCUGCAGAGCUCUUUUGGUGCACUUUGUUGUUCUGUGAUUCUCUGAUUGGUGGAUCAUUCCUUGCAGGAUUAUAGGUAGUUCUUAACCAGGAAUUCGGCUGUUAAACAAUAUUUUUUAAAUAAAGUUGAAAUAACGUUGUCUGAUGACUUCAACAGACACAUAUACCAUUGAUUAAGAACUUUGGAGCUCACAUUAGGUCUGUAUUUAAAGGUUAAUAAGUUAUUAUUAAAAAUAAAAUUGUUUAUGGAAAAAAUGAAUGGGAUGUUUACUUCCGUAGCCUGAAUGUUGCUCCCAAAAGCUAUUUCAAAACAUGUUUAAGCAGGUUCAAGCUGUUUUUGUAAGGACAGAGGAAACCAAGAACAGUAUUAAACAACUACAUGAUUAUGCAAAACUUUGCUCUACAAGAUAGGCCUAAAAAUAUUGCUUGGCUCCCUCAAAUUAUGACAGUAUUUUAGCACUCGGCUUCCUCUUUGAACGCAUUGAAUAUCUCCUUUGAAAACAUACCUACCUGUAUGCACUCAUACACUCUGUAUAUACAUUAAUAUGUUGUGUGAACUUGUAUGGGUUCAACCUUCUCAUACCUCAUAUGCACCAGCAUAUAGACAUAUAUGUAGCAACAUGUACAUACAUGCAUGCGUGCUUUUGAUUCUAUCUGCACCAUCUCAACUAACCUCUGGCAUUGUAUAAAGUUCUCAUAUACCUUCCUACCUAUCAUAUCUACCUACAUGCAUACCAAUGUACAUGUAAUGCUUACAUGCGAUACCUAAGUUGAAAAUGUUGUGACCUCAUCUUCUGAAUAGCCUCUUAUUGCUUUUUGCUGUUUGCCUCCAUAUGACACAAAGAGCUUUUCUCCUUUUUCUCAAUAAGCUUUUGGUCUUGGAUCUUCAUUCCUAGGCACAUGCAUCUUUUCAUCCUGGCCUAUAGAUAUAACAUAUGAAAGCUCAGCCUACAGAGUAUGGUGGUACCAUGGUACAGUUAUGUUAAUACCAUGGUACUUUGAUAUAUACAAACUUCAUGUACCAUGUUAUUUAAGUUAAUUCAAAGAAUAACAAGGUAUUACCAUGUCCGAAAAUCCAUUGCCAUGGUAAUUUUGCUACGUUUUUGUUAAUGAGGCCAAACACACUGUCCUAAACAGAUGCGACAAGAUAAAGUGACAAACGAUAAAGCUAUCUCUUCCAUGUCAAUCUGAGUUGAUGUCCUAACCAACUGCGACGAGCGACAACACAUUUUGUCGAUUGAAUGGUUUCUAUUUCAGCAGCUGGUGCUGGCGCUGGGUAGUCCUGCUCACAUUGAUAGAUUGCAGAUGGUAUACAUCAAAUGUUCUGAUUAGCUUUAAUUGUGCUGCAUUGCACAGCAUUUCUACUUUCAGUUUUGGCAAACAAAUCACUUCUCACUGAAAUCUUCUUGUAUCUUACCUAGUUUGGAUACGUGUAAGUAUUACCCCCUAAAAUCAAUCCAUCCUGCUGUUUUUUUUUUUUAUUUAAUUUUGCAAGUGACUAAGAUAAUCAGGAAAAGGUACGUGACUCAAAAAUCCCUGAAUAGUUAAUCUUCAAAUUUUUUUAAAGUCUUGACAACCUCUUUGCACGAGGAAAUGAAAUGAGUGUCACUUUCCUCAUCAUGUCUUCAACCAGACUCUACCUCACCCCUUAUUCAUGCAUUAGAAAGUACAUUCACACUCACCUGCCUUGACAUAGCCUACAUAUGCCUGCUUAAACCUUUACACAAGCAUAUGCACAUUUACAUUAAGAAGGCAUACAUUUGUUCACUCAUAUCAGUAGCGGUUCUAGCGCUUGUGUUGACUUUGUGUGUGGUUAGAGAUGAGAUGGCUGGUGGAGAUAAGGGCCCCCACUUGUCUGUGUGGGUGCCUCGUGCCUUCACCACCACCACCCCCCACCCGCCCCACAUGAAAGAUGCUGCCCAUGUCGCCCAUGCCUAAAUCUGCCCCUGCCCCUGCUCCUGUUGUCAUUUUUCAUCUUUUCACUUUUGUGAUGUGGGCCCAAAUGUCAGUCUUGUUCCCUGUUUCUGAGGACCUGCCAGGCUCUCUUUUGUUCCUGGAUAACUGUGGAUGAAUUUCACUGUGUUGUAACAGAGCUAACAGAUUGUUCAGCAAAAUAAUUUGGUUUAAAGUGAUAGUUUACCCUUAAAAAUAGAAAUUCUGUCAUUUGCUCACCCUUAUGUCAUUUUAAAGCCUGUACGACUUUCUUCUGUGGAACACAAACAGACAAAUUACUGACUUAGAUUUCAGUCUGUUUCUAACAUAAAGGACCAAUUUAUGGACUUUUGCAUCCUUUAUGAAGCUCGAAAUAUUCAGUCCCCAUUCAUUUUAAUUGCAGGGAAAAGAGUGACCAGUACAAUCUUCAGAAUUUCUCCUUUUGUGUUUGUUCUACAGAAGAAAGAAAGUGAAACAAGUUUUGAACAACAUGAGGGUGAGUAAAUGAAGGCAGACUUUUAUUUUUUUGGGUGAACAAUCCCUUUGAGAAAGUUCUGGAGAGAAGCACAGGAAGAUGGCCCCAGUGUAAUGGCUCUCAGCCAGUAGGUCCUGGAACCUCAUUUCUUGUCAGCCCAGUUCUACAGUCCCCAUGCCGCCAAACCAGUCCCAUUUAUGUCCCCUUAUUCUUGUAAGAACUGUCAGUCAAUCAACCAGAACUUUUCAUGCUCAAAACCAAACAUGAAGAACUGUACAUGAACUCCUGCCCAGCAAAAUUCACAGCCAGACCCCAAAGCAUCUCUCCAAAUAGUUUAUUUGGCUCAGUUGUCAGGUUCAAAUAGAUAGCAGGGUUUUGACCACAGUCGGAUGUCUCUUUUUACCUGAUACUGUGUCACUGUGAUAAUGAAGCAUGAAUGUGACACAGACAAACAAAAGGGCAUACAGGACAAACUCACUGUGACUCAGCCAAACUCAGGCAUUGAGCAUCUAUCAGGCCCCAGGCCAGACACCUGACUCAGGCUCAAUCCAAUCCACCAGCACUGCAGAGAUGCACUGCCCACAGUCAUAAUCUACUGCACCAGCAAGGGUCAGCUGAGCCCUGUCCACAAAUCCUGUUAUUAUAAAUGGGGAAUCAGAAAGCCAUCUUUUCUGGAUGUACCAACUUAAUUUAAAGCACUUUUUAUUAGAACAGAGUUCACUCUCUCACAACUAGCCAAAACAAUCACAAAAUGCUCUUGAAAUGACUCUUAAAAGACUCAUUUUACUCGAUCUUUUAAAAUAAAAAUGCGCUUUUUCACCAUUGACCUGAACGGUUCUACGCAUUUAACGGUUCCAGUAGCAAUUGCACUUAAAAACUGUUCAGUACGGCCUGGAUUUCUCACCAUGGAUAGCUAACCGUACUCAGGACAGAGAAUCGUUCUGGUGGAACAACUUAAGUGAUGUGCCGACCCAUGAAUGGUCACUUGCCCAGUCAGUCCAUUCUAAUUCUGAUUUCGCUCAACCACAGUGGUAAAGAAACCGAAAACUUUCAGACAAGCCAGGAUCGAAACGGAAAGGCUCAAUUCCGCAAUGAGAACCAUUCAGCCUGAUGGUGGAAAAGUGGCUAAAAAGUCUGAAAGCAAAUUGUCACUUUCAGAAUUCAAUACUUCCUCCUCAAUAAAAGACAACUUAUUGAAACUAACCUGCAAAAACAUCUAGUUCUGAACUCAUUGGCGUUAUAAAUCUGAAACCACACCAAUGAUGCCUAGAGGGGGCGAAAUCAUGAAUUACGUUUUUUUCGGGGGAAAAACAAGCGGCCUAGAGGGGGCUAAAUCAUGACUUUCUCACUCACCAACAAAUUUUAGCUGCCUCUGGAUCUCUUGUCAACAUAAAUAGUCUGGGAUGUAAGGUCCAAAAGUUCUAUAAAUGUGUAAAAAAAAAAGAAGUCCUGCCAUUCCAUUAAGACAGUGACCCUGUUUUAUCUCCUGAUGAGGAAUGUAAAAAAUUAAAAUAAAACAAUCAUUCUCUAUAAAACACAUUUCUGCACUGAGAAAGUCUUGCUGUUAUAUUCAUGCAUUUUAUGGACUUAUAAGACAUUUACAGAUGGAAUGCGUUAUUUACGAUAGCAUGACUGGGAUUGUGAAUUUUGGACAGUGAAUGAAUUGUGAUAAAGAGGAGCAAAUGUUAAAAGAGUGAAACUAAUGUGUUAACAAAGUUAAUGUCAGGCACUGCAUUUUUGUAAUUGUUUUCAAUAUUAACUGUACUGUGGGUGUUUAAAUGCUCACUGUGGACAGCCGUAGUGCUUCUUGUGUGUUCAGUCUGGUUUUGCACAUCUGAUUAUAAUUAACGCUGUCUGUCUCCCAUAUCAAGAUGCUCUUGCAGGGAUCAGUUGAUUUUAGAUAUUUUAUACAGAACAAAUACCUCUGUUUUGUCAACAGCUGUUCAUGCCUCACGUAAAAAUUAUACAUGUGGGAAGUUUGAUUUAGAGCCACACUCAUUUCUAAUGUAUAAAUAUAAGUGUUAAAGGGAUAGUUCACCCAGGAAUGAAAAUUCUGUCAUCAUUUACUCACCCUCACUGCAAUAUACAUUUUUAUGUUCAGCAAGUGACAUGUAUGUAUUAUUUUGCUUUAAAGGGGUCAUAUAAUGAUGGUACAUGCACUUUUUCAAGUUGAUUGUACUGAAAUGUGUGUUGGCUGUGCCUGUACACAACCAUCCUAUUAUGAUAAAAAUCCAUCCAGUGUUUUUGUUUUAAUCUCCUUAUAUAUUUUCCCCCUGCCUCAAAUCGAGCCGUUCGACCGUGUGACGUCACACGGUCGGACGCCCCUCCCAGGAUUGUUGAUUGACAGCAGUGUUUCAACACAGACCCGCCCUCGCUCGUGAGCGAGCUGUCAAUCAUAGUCCGUCAUCAUUGUUGAUACACUGGAGCAGAAUCGCGCCUAAGCGAUUGUGGUGUCCUGUUCUUCGGUGUAAUAACGAACACAGCAGUCAUUUUGAUGUUCCUAAAUCUGAACCGCUGAAGACGCAGUGGCUGAGUUUUGUUUACGAUGGGAAUAUUCCCCACGAGCAACGUCAAUGCGUUCAUGUUUGCUCGAAUAAUUUUUCACCAGACUGCUUUAUAAACGAGGGUCAGUAUAAAGCUGGUUUUGCUAAGAAGCUGCUGCUGAAAAAAGAUUCGGUACCAACUAUUUAUAUUCCCUCUGCACCUCCAGAAGAAGUAAGUGUAACGUUUUAUUAACCUUUAUAUUAAUCUUUGCAAAUCGCUUGCACGCUUCACAAUGAAUGUGGCUAAUGUUUACGGAGGGGCGGGGUGACCAAAACUCAUUAUCAUUUAAAGUCAUAUGCACUGAAACGGCGUGCUGAAAUCAGAGCUGUUUUUGAGCAGGUAAAAUUAGUGUUUUCUUAAAAUACUAAUGAGAAUUUUUAAUAAAAGUAUAUUACAAAGUUUUCAUUUAGACCCUAAAGAUUCAUAUUAACUUGUACAAAAAUGGCAUUAUAUGACCCCUUUAAAGGGUUAGUUCAGCAAAAAAUGACAAUUCUGUCAUCAUGUUGGUCCAAACUUGUAUUGACUUCUGUGGCACAUAAAAUGAGAUGUUAGACAGAACUUUAACCUCAGUCACCAUUCACUUUCCUUGCUUUUUUUCCCCUCAAUAUAAUUAAAGUGAAUGGUGAAUGAGCCUAACAUUCUACCUACUGUAAUGUCUUUUGUGUUUUAUUGAAGAAAGAAUGUCAUAUGGGUUUGGAGAAAGGGUGAGUAAAUUAUGACAGAAAUUUAAUUAAAGGUUGAACAAUCACUGAAACAAUGCUUGUACCUACACUUUCUCCACAAAAAUAGUUCUGUAAUGACAAACACAUGAAAAGUAACUUGUAUCGCAAUACAAAGCUUGCACAGUUGUUCAUAAAAUGUAUACGUGUGUGCACUGUGUCCUUUUCUUACCUGUGGAUAUGUUAGACCAAGAUAAUGUAUGUACAGAACACUAAUUUUUCCGCUAGUCAUGCUCAAACAGGAAGUGGUGUUGAGAUGACAUCUUCUGUUUAGUGUUAUGGGUCAGUGGUGAACAUCUAGUUCUCUGUUAAAUCAUCCUUUGUAUCAUUGUAUGUUAUCCCACUAUGAAACUGUCUCAUAGUACCAACCUGUAGUGGAUGAAGGCCCUUGGUCACCAUGAGGCUAUUUCCCACAAUGCCUCAGUUAAGUGGAUUAUUGGAUGCAAUGCAGACUUUGUUUGUUUUUCUUUUAAUAUUUACAUUUUUUAAAGCAAAGCUAGAAAGAUCAAACUGACUUUUAAACAAUUGGGUCUUUUGAACUAAUGGCCUUCAGUGGACUGUUUGUGGCUUGGUAAAAAAAAUAAAACAUUCUCUCUGCUGUUAUAAUUGCCUGAGGUCAAAACUGAAGUUUAUAGUUGAGAUUAAUUAUCUUUUCACAUGGAGAAACCAACACUAUCAAGUAAGAAUGUGUAAUAUUAGAAAAUGUCCUUUUCGCAGCUAUACAAUCAAAAUGAAUUGAUGUGUACAACAUCAUACCAAUCAGAGGAUAGCAGAGAAAAUGUGGGAAGGGUUUAUGAGUAACUCAGGUAUGUGUGCUACUUUUCACUUUAAUAAAUGUUUAAUAAAUUAUUGUUGUAU